CUUCCUGGGGUAGUUUACAACACAUAUCGGUCAUGCGCAUUUGCAUAUUUACAUGUACAUGUGCACGCUUUAAACAUAACACCUGUUUUUUAAAAAGAAUUUUUUCUGACGUGGUCUGGAAUUCCAUGCCACAGCGAUGCGCCGUUUAUAGAUAGCGCAGUCGUAAUUUAAGUCUGAAAGAAGCACAAAGAGGAACUGAUGAUCAAGACGCAGCCUUCUGGAUCCGCCUCUGUAUAACAUUAACCCACUUUUCUGCGAUCUAUCGACCAGUCUCUUUUCAAAGCAUCGAGCUGCAGCGACCGCUGAGCACAUCACGGCUGUUAGUCACUCGUCGAGAGAUCAAUGAGAGCAGAGGUGGCCUUGAUCCCUCUUGUUCCUUGUUUACAUCUUUAAAAUCUACAACCAGAGCUUGAAGAACGGAGACCCAGAAAAGCCGCGGAUUCCUGGUUGUAACGGUUUUUUUUUUGGGACGCUGAAACGGAUAUUAAAUGUAACCUGACUGCAAAGAGCCAACAUCAAAGAUUGCUGCCAAACUUAACCGAUACGGAAUGAUGCUAAGAGAGGACCGCCAUCAACGAUUGUUACCGCACUUGCCCCUUUUGUCGCAGCUACCCAACAAUCGGGAGAUCAUCAUUGAUUGGAUGUCCGAUGAUCACAUGACCGAAACGUAUGAACUUAUCCAACAGUGUGCCGAAGAUGGACAUGGGUUUGGUGUGGACGAGUUUCAGAAUGAAGAGGAAUUCCGCGACGAGAUAAGAGAAUCCUUCUGUUUUGUUGUCAUCGACGAACGAACGAAAGAACUCAUUGCGUCGUUUAUUAUGACGUCAAGCAAGUUCUAUCGGGGUUCCCCUGAUGCAGUGGAUCCCUAUAUCAUAGUGAGGCCAAAUGACCGACAAAAAGGAAUUGGCGAGUUUUGCAUGAGAAAGGUACUGGAAUUCUCCGAAAUUCUUGGAUAUCAGGGAAUGUAUGUGGACACAUUCUGCAAUAACCUGGGAAUGCAGAAAAUCAUCUCUAAAUUGGGAGGAUUCAUCAAAUGUGGUUGCCUGCCCAUGGGAGGCAAACUGAAGAACGGUAAUAUCGUUGCGUCUCUCAUCUUCUUCAGAGAUCUUACCAAGUAUUCCAACGGAUGACCUCGAACGGUUUUCAAAGAAAUUGAAUUAAAAUGGUCAAAAAGGCUUAAACAGUCAACGGAAGGGGUCAUCUGCGCCGACGCGAACUUUGCCAUAUAAUCUACGAAUAUACCCCGCAGAAAUCAGAUUGGCAUGAUGAACAACUUGGAGCGUGUCUAAGUUAAUAUAACAGCUACUACACGUAUAAAACACGCAGCAAGCAUUGCAUCCAGUCUCUCCUGUGAUAUGAUCUAAGCAAAGAACUGAUCUCACGUACAUGUAAGUGCACGUGCACUGUGGUUUUAACACAUGGACUUAUACCGACAAAUGGCAUCAAACUAUAUAGCCGUGGGACCGAAUUUUAUAGUUCUUAGCAGUUUAUAACAUUUACAUACCAUAUACUUGUACAAAUCACAGGGAUAUUUGUUAUGAAGAGUUUUAAUUCUAUUUUUCUGGUUUUGGAAUCUAUUAGUGUUCUAUAUUUGAAACCGACAGAAAUAAAAGAAUGUUAAAUUUUC